AAAUCUCCCAACUCUUCCCACAACUCUUCCUCCUCUCCUCCUCCUCUGCUUCUCCUUCCAAAAAUGGCUCUUUUGAAGUCACACAAGCUUCCCCCAGCCACAACUCUCAGGCAAAUACUGAAGAGAUGCUCCAGCCUAGGAAAAAAAGAAACCAUCCGCAAUCUUCCCGUCGAUGUUCCAAAGGGUCACUUCGCCGUCUAUGUCGGCGAGAAGCGCCGCCGCUUCAUCGUCCCCAUCUCGGUCCUAACGCACCCGGAGUUUCGGAGCCUUCUCCAGCUUGCAGAGGAAGAGUUUGGAUUUGAUCAUGACAUGGGUCUUACAAUUCCUUGCGAGGAAGUUGUUUUCUGUGCUCUAACUUCGUCGCUAAUGUGAGGAUGUCGAAUUCAUAUGUAUGAUGAUGUAUAAUAUAUGUAUAAUUAUAUAAGGAGUUCGCAUGCAUAUGAAUUCCGUAGGUAAAUAUUUUAUUGGGAGAGAGCAGAGUUGCCUUCUGUUUCUAAGCUGUUUUUGCUCUGCUUUAGCCUUAAUUCUCCUCUGUUCUUCUUCUUCUUCUUCUUUGUCUGUAUUGCCGUGAUAUUUUUUCUUAAUUAUUUGGGCUGUUUAGUGAUGUGGAUUGUGUAGGAUUAACGACCAGCGUGUAUGCGGUGGCGCCGCCUUGUAACAUGUAAAUGCUGGCUCUCUUUCGAGUUCUGAAGUCCGGUGGGUGCAAGUUGCAAUUUUUCUAAUUUA